GCAGCCCGUCCGGCGCGCGCACUGCGCAUGCGCGCGUUUUCAGUUCGCAGUACCCCGUGCGACGGCGUGGGCUGAGGGAGUCGGCGGCGGGUCCCGAACCGCGGGCAUGGCGCCUGUGCUGAACCUCAACAACGAGGAACUGUGACAGCAGCUGUUUCUAAAGUUUCUAGAGUUGCCACAUCAUCAGCUAUGCUAAUAUUAACAGCACAUACUGAUCUGCUAUUCACACAGAUUUUGUUUCAGGAGAUUAUCGAGGCAAUUAAACAUGGUUGUGAAGAUGAGAAAAGAUGUGAAGAAGGCCAGAGUCCUGACUAUCCGCAGACUAACCAGACACAUUGGGAAAUUAAAGUUGAAAAAGGGUUCAGAAGACUUAAAAAUAAAGAACCAAAAACGAGUUGAGAGGUUAAUAGAGGAAAUCCAUGCCAUGAAGGAAAUAAAACCGGAUGAAGUUACCAGACAUGCUCUUAGGACAGAAGUUAAUUUUGAAAGUGUCUGCAGAAAGUCAGAUUGUACUGCAACUGAGCGAGCCAUUGCCAGACUUGCAACACACCCCAUCUUGAAACCCAAAUUUAUUGAACUUAAAGCUGCUGUAAAAGCUUUCAAGGAUGCAAGAAAGAACUCAGCCAAAGAAACUUCUUUGAAAAACGUCAAGUCAGAAGAACAGCCUAAGUCAAUACAGCAGUUCAAUAGCAAUUUGGAUGAUCAAGCUCUUAAACUAGCUCAAAAACAGAAAGGGUGUGAACACAAAACAAAAACGAAUGUGAAAAUAGAAGCUGACAAGGUGGCUGAAGAACUUUGUAAAAGUAAAUCUGGGCACAAAACUGUGGAAAUGAAGAGAGCAUGUGGGCCAGAAGAAUCUUCAUUUCAAGUAGUAAAAAUGCAAGCAGUCACUCAGAAUAAAACAGGAAAGAAACCUAGCUAUCAAAAAAGGAAAGAAAAUAUGACCAUGAACAAAUUAAAUGCAUUAAAAGAAAUAAUCGUUGAUAGUGACCUGGAACAACCUAAUGAAGAGGAGUACUUUGAUGACAGUACUGAAGAGAGGUUUUAUAACCAGUCUUCAGAUUCUGACAGUGACAGCAAUGAUGAUUUCUUCAUUGGGAAAGUAAAAAAAAAUAAAAAACCAUCAGCAGUUAGUGAUGUUUCUUCAACAAAAGAAAAGGACACACUUCAGGAAAACAUAGUGAAGAAAGAAAAGGACAUAGUACCUGGGAUAGCACAAGAUUUGAUCAGGAAAGAAGGAGAGCCACAGGAAAAAGCAAGCAAGCUAAAAUCAGUGUUCUGCAGUUCUUUGUCUAACUCUAAUCAGAAAUCUCAAAACAGAAGAAAUACUAAAGACCAGCCUCCCAAGAAUGGAAGAACAGCUCUUCUUAAAAAGGAACUACAGCUUAAGAAGCAACCGUUUGCAAAAGCUGCAGGUAUGAAAUACAACAAUAAGAAAGCAUGUUCAGAGCAGCCUCUUCAUCCAUCAUGGGAAGCAAGCAGGAGACGCCGGGAACAAAUGUCUCAAAUUACAGCAUUCCAAGGAAAAAAGAUUAAGUUUGAUGACUAGAGGAUAUGUAAAAAAACGAUUUUUAAAAAGAUUUUUGCAGAUUUGCAUCCCAUGCUGUUUUCUUAUGAAGUAACAACUGCUGUUUCAACAUUUUUGUUACACUGUCCUUAACCCUUUCCAACCUAUAAAAUAACAACUGCUAAAACUUAAAAUCUGUUAAUAAUGAAAAUUGCUUUGUUUAUUCAUUGUUCUGUCUGUUGAUUAAUGUAUGGUUGUAUGGUUGUUGGUUCAUAAAUCCCAUUGUGUAGUGCCACCAUUUAUGAAAUAUACACUAAUGUGAAUGAAUCAGGUUUAGGAUUGUCGUCUGUACCCUGUAGGAAUAGUUCAAAUUAUUUGGAGCAUUUUUCUUUGUAAAAUGUACUUCACACCAUAUGAGGACUUGGAUGUCAAGAGAGAGGGGAGGAUACGAAAGACUGAUCCUAGGACUGCAUUAUCAACUACAUCUCAACUAAGAAAAAGUGAGAGGUUCCUAAACUUGAAUAGAAUUCAGUAAUUCAUUAAUGUAUUAUCAGCCAAUCAGUAGUAUGUAUGCUAUGAAAUUUUCUGGAGAGGAAUAAAAUAUUGGACUGUUAAAUUGU